UCUGACUAAAGUCUGACAAGGGGACAACACUUAUGGUGCAACAUUAUGCAGAGUUUUCAGGUCUUGCGCUCCAAGAAACAGUUCAAUCAUGCUCAAAAUAGCCUCUAUAGUAUGUGCAGUACCUACCAAUUGGACACUAUAUCGCGAGAUCCGUAAGUUCAUUUUCACUUGCGAUUCGCCCUCAUUCCCAUCCCUUCUCAAUCUCACACCACCUUCCUCAAUAUAUUGUGAUCUACACUGCUACAUAUCGAUCAAUUCCAUGAAACGGACUGGCCGAGCUCAGAACGGAAGACUCCAUUCGAGGCUUCAAAUUGCAUCAGGUUGCACUGUUGCAUAGCUCUUGGUCAGUCGGGAACGAUCGAGCUGUUGGAUGUGGAGCUGGUUCACAAGUUGAAGUUUGACUGAGAUUCCUUUCGACUAGUUGCCUUUGAAGUCCAUCCUUUGGUUGGCGUGUUUGCGAAGAUAAUUUCCAAUCCGAAUUUCUCUCCGUCGUCCACCUGAAUCCAGGUUGUGUGCAACUCAUUCCAGAGGUUGGGACAAUGGCGCUUGCGUUCAGUCAGCACGACAGGGCGAUGAGGCUCCAGUCUGCUGGAAGCGGGAAAGGCCUUGCCUUGAAGGUGGUGGCGGCACUCGAGCAAGGCCUCGCUGCGUAUAAAAGAGACAAACACUUGUUCGACCCAGAUAGCCUGCAAUAUCUUGAGCCCGACCUGGACGUGCUCAUCAAGAUUGCGGAAGGGAUGGUGGAGUCGCUCAAGUCCAGAUCGGCCAAGUACAACGACGUGGUCACCAAGGCUAUCCUUGCCAUCGGCGACUGCAACAGCGCGAUGAGAGUAGUGCAGAAACACCUUUCGGACGUGAAUUCGCAACUCGAGGGAGAGAGAGACACUGAGGAACUCGACUUACGCAAAGUCCAGGAGGUGCAAGAAGCAAUCAAUGAGAACAACCAGAAGAUUUCGGAGUUGCAAGACCACAUUGAAGAUUUGAAGAAGUGGUUUUGGGUACCCGGAUACAACUACUAUCUGAUGGGUCAGGCCCUCAACGAUCUUUGCACCCAAAAAAGAGCUACUCUAGAGGAGAGGCUAAAACAGGCGUCCCGUGAAUUGCAGUCAACGGAGGAGCGUUUGAGACUGCAUAGGUCCCUUCGCGAUGAGCUGACGGGAGAGACAAAUGUGUUGCAGCGCAAGAUUCACGCUCUGGAAGAGUCCAAGAAGGAGUUUGACCAGACGAAGAAAAUCUACGAUGCCAGAAUUGCCACGAUAUAUGACGUGAUAGUGUACUACCGCCUGUUGCACGACGCAGUGAAGAACAUCAAAGACAAUCUGGACCUUCCCAAGGUAAUCGAAAAGCUGGACAACCCCCGAACAUUGGUGUCACACACUGGAGAUGUUCGGCAAGGGACUUUGAAGGACUCCCUCAUUCAAUUAGGCGACGACUACGACCAGUAUGACGAGCGGGAAGGGAUGGUGGUUGAUGGAGAAGUGGGCAUCUUUACAUUUCAAUUGCUCGGUCUGCACGAGCCGAUGGACGAUGGCAAGUACCGCCUGGCAACCAUGCAGGAUGUGAAGGACCAUCGCGAUGCCCUGCUCGUGACCAUGCCGAAAUGGGAGAUCGCCAAUCUGGCGGACGGCUCCGUGGACGGUGCGCUGUACGGAGGCAAUGUUAGCCCGCGAAUUCGUAGCGAUGUGAGUCAGAAGCUCGCCGUCAAAACUCCAGAACACUUGACCUUCAAGCUUCUGGGCAUCAAUGACCCAAUCGAGUACCCUGUUUAUCGUCUAGCAACAGUGGACGAAGUCACUGCCAAUAAGAACGAGUUGUUCAAGGCUAUGCCCAGCUGGGAGAUAGCAAAUUUGCAGGAUGGUUCUGUGUCGGGGUGGCUUUACGGAGGUGCUGUCAGUCACAGAAUUCGGAACGACGUUGGUCAUAAGCUUGGCGUCAAAGUAUGACCUUCAAACUGAUUAACAACAUCCGAGACAGAGAGCCGGUGCAUCGCAUGCACUGUCGAAGUUUUCAUCACAAUCAUCAGAGUCUCAGACCGGCCAAUAGCAAGGCUGAGCUGAACAAUUUACUGCAUCUUGAUAAUCUCGUAUCCUAUCGAUGUUGUUAGAAAACCUGGACAUGAAUCUCUAAAUUGUCCUUCAAACUUGUAUAACUAGAGACUUUCCAACUUCCUUCCAGCCUGGCUUCUUUGGCGUCGUCAUUCAGAGUCGGUAAACCCCGGGUCCAGUACGACCAGUGCCUGAGCUGGCCUCUUGUGACAAAUAGGCAUGAACAGAGAAUAUAAUUUUAUAACUGGCAGGACGAUGAAGAUAUUAGAUCCUCUGUGCAACUGAGAAAUGGCAGUAAGAUUUUCUAUGAACACAAUAAUCGGGAGCAACUUUAUUAGUAUGGCAUAAUUCAAUUUAUACAUUGUGAACUAGUGUUGCUCAAUCUGUUUUUCUAAAAACAUUCUGUUCAAACUACACAAAAAACUCUAGCUCCUAAUUAAUUUAUAUCUUGUCUUUGAUGAAACUUCAUCUUCAUCUAUGUACAACCAAGGUAUCGCAUGGUCUUAUUCAUGUAUGAA